AUGGAUGACCUGGUGGGCAAUGCAGGUUUUCGGGCUGCAAAGACGCUCGACCCGGAUCUGCGAGCGCAUGCCGACGGGCUGGGCCAUGCGAGAGAUGCGCUAUCGUGGACUGGAUUCCCGAUGCAGAUGGUGGGCAUGGUGGGAUGCGGGAAUUGGUUUCGGGGGAUUGGGCCGCAGGAGGAGGAGGAGGGAGAUGUCGCAGACAAAGAAGCAGCGGCAGCAGCAACAAUGUGGGACAUGUCGAUGUAG